CGACCACACAAGGCCACCCAGGAGGAAAUGACCAAGUUCCAUAGCGAUGAUUAUAUCAAGUUUUUACGAAGUAUACGACCAGAUAAUAUGUCCGAAUAUAAUAAACAGAUGCAGAGAUUCAAUGUCGGUGAAGAUUGCCCAGUAUUUGAUGGCAUGUAUGAAUUCUGUCAGCUGUCAACAGGAGGAUCUGUUGCUGGGGCAGUAAAGUUGAACAAACAGGCAGCAGAUAUUGCUAUAAACUGGGCCGGUGGUCUACAUCAUGCUAAGAAAUCAGAGGCAUCAGGAUUCUGUUAUGUUAAUGAUAUUGUACUUGCCAUUCUGGAAUUACUCAAAUACCAUCAGAGAGUGUUAUAUAUAGAUAUUGACAUUCACCAUGGAGACGGUGUAGAAGAAGCAUUUUAUACAACAGAUCGUGUGAUGACUGUCUCAUUCCAUAAAUAUGGAUAAUAUUUCCCUGGUACAGGAGAUCUUAGGGAUAUAGGUGCAGGAAAAGGGAAAUAUUAUGCUGUCAACUUUCCUCUAAGAGAUGGUAUUGAUGAUGAAGCAUAUGAAACUAUCUUCAAACCAGUGAUGACCAAGGUUAUGGAGAUGUACCAGCCUAGUGUUAUAGUGCUACAAUGUGGGGCUGACUCACUAUCAGGGGACAGACUGGGUUGUUUUAAUCUUACUCUCAAAGGUCAUGGUAAAGCUGUAGAGUUCAUGAAGAAAUGGAAUCUUCCAUUGAUGUUACUGGGUGGAGGAGGUUAUACCAUUAGAAAUGUAGCUAGAUGCUGGACACAUGAAACAUCUAUAGCUCUCAAUGUAGAAGUUGCCAAUGAAUUACCAUACAAUGAUUACUUUGAGUAUUAUGGACCAGACUUCAAGUUGAACAUUAGUCCCUCAAAUAUGGCCAACCAGAACACAGGAGAAUAUCUGGAAAAAAUCAAGACAAGGUUGUUUGAGAAUUUGAGAAUGUUGCCUCAUGCACCAGGUGUUCAAAUGCAAGCUAUACCAGAAGAUGCCCUCAAUGAUGAGAGUGAUAAUGAAGAUAAAGAAAACCCAGACAGCAGAAUCUCUAUACGUGCCAGUGAUAAACGUAUCCACUGUGAUGAAGAGUUUUCAGACUCGGAAGACGAGAUGUCAGGACCAAACGAGGCCGGAGGUAGACGAGACAGAACGUCACACAAACCAAAACAUAAACGACCUAAAACAGACGAUGAGAAAAAAGCUGAGGGUGCUAAAUCAGACAACAAGGACGGUGAGAAAAAGGAAGUGAAGAAAGAAUCUGACACCAAUGAAAAUGCUAAAGAUAAAGAUCAAAAUAUGGAAGAGAAAGAUAAACCAGCUGCCCCUGAACAACCUGAGAAGAAAGCAACUGACUCAACUAAACCUGAUGCCCCAGCUGAUGAAAAUAAAGACACUGCAAAAACAGAAGAAAAACCAGCAUCAUAAUCUAUGUCAGUGUACACUCAAGUCGAUAGACGGUUGUGUUCAUUAAAUACUACGACAAACAAUAGAAUUUUAUGUUGUUAAGAGUAUUGUACAUCUAGCUGUAAUAUCAUAUAAUAAUGAAAUCUACAAUCAGUAGUUGAAAUGUGGCCAUUGCAAUAUAAAAUAUCUGCAAAAAUUGUGUUUGACUGAUAUAUGGAUCAGCAUAGCAAUAUAUAAUCGUGAACAAAAAGUGUAUUAUAAAACAGUAUGAUUUAAGAUUCAUUGUACAAUUUUUUUACAAUAGACAAGAGCUUUAUCAAUUUAAGAAGAAAGUCUUCGUUGAUGAAACAUCUAAAUGCAUUAUAUGUUGUGUAAUUUGAUGUUUGCUGCAAAUAAAUUAAUCUAGAUUUUAAUGAAAUAGAAAAGAAUGUUCUACUUUGAAAUUGGUGUAUUUUCUCAACACAUUUGUAAUAAAGAUAAAAAUAUUAUAUUAGGAAACAUAAAGUAAAUGUUUUUUAAACAAUGUUAAAAGAUGAAAAAGCAACGUUGUUUUAUUUCUUAAUGAUUUGUUUCAUUUAUAUACAUGCAUGACAUACAUUUUCAUUGUCAGCCAUCAUUCCAUUAAACUUGUUUACAGCAGUAUCAAAUAAAACAAAGUCCUGAGAAAAAAAUAAAAUUUUGUAGAAA